CUCGCUAGAAUUCCCGAUUAAUGGAUUGAAGGGAAGAGUGAGCAACAAAAUAAUUGAGUAGCCAAAAUUAGACGUGGAAAUGAUUUGCAAUUUAUGCUAUAGUAGACUAAGUACGUAGUUUGUAAAUUGUUUACAGAAUUACCUCUUCUAAUCAGCAGUAAACUGGUGUUGUAACAUUUAUUUUGGUUUCGAAGAUGACUGCUACAGAUGUAGAAAUGGUUUCCGAAGACAUCAACAUUCUUCCAGACGAGUUGAUUAUAAAUAUCUUUAAAUUCUUACCAUUAGACGCUAUUCUAGCGUGUGAGAAUGUUUGUCAGCGCUGGAAGAAAUUGGCAAAAGAUGUGACGCUAUGGAAGAACAUUACAAUAGUAUACUCUGGUAAACCAGGCCAAAGUGAAGUAAGCGCUAAAAAUUUACUAAUUAUUCAGUCACACUGUACAUACAUAUGCUGUUUACGGCUGCAAUAUGUUUACAGUUACUCAGUCAUAGCAUCCAUUUUAGAGAAAUGUAAUAACUUAGUUUCUCUUGAACUUGUUAUGUGCAGAAUUGGCAAAGAGUUUGAAGUAGACAUUGCAAGAUGGCCAAAUUUAAAGAAGCUAAGCAUGAAGAAUUCUCUGUUACUGCAGACCAGUACAGAUCUGAAUAUUCAGUAUGACCAGUUCAAGUAUCUCAACCAUUUAUCUUUAUCUGAAUUUGGCCUUAAUUCAACGAACAGUGAAAGUUUACUAUGUUGCAAAUAUUUAAGUCACAUUUACAUUGAGAAAAUAAGAGGUCUUGAUUUGGAAUUUAUAAUGAAACUGAUUUUGGCUCAGCAGAAGGUUUUGGUAACUUUGCAUAUCUAUGGAGAUAACGCAGUAAACAAUGAAUGCCUCAAAAUGUUAUCUCAUUGUCCAAUGUUGAAAGACUUGGCUAUAAUUAGGUGUGAAAAUCUUACUGACGAAGGACUAAUAGCCCUUACAAAUUUUAAACGUUUAGAUCAUUUGCAAAUAUGGAAUAAUGCAAACUUUACUGAAGCUAAUUUGUUGAGGGCUCUAGGAAGUCCCGCAAUGGUAACUCUGCAAACUUUAAGCCUCUCCAGAAUACGAAACAUAUCGCCUGUUAUAGUGGAUGUCAUUUCGGAAUAUUACAAGAAUUUGAAGUUCCUAGCCUUGUACAUGUGCCCAAGGAUCAUUAAUACGGAUUACGAAAAGCAAUUGAAAUUGAAGUUCAAUAAUAUUGACGUGGUAUUGUACUGAUGCAGCACCUAAAUAUAUAAUAUGGCAGAGUUAAAAGGCUGGCUAGUGGUCAGAAUUUCUUGUUAAUUGUUUUAUGUGGUAAGUGCUAAAGCCAUGAUUUUUAUAGGUGAAAAUGAUUUUAGGAAAAGACCACACAUUUUUAAAUCCAUAUUAUGUAUAUUUAUUGUAUCUGUAAUAAAUAAUGGCAUUUGUUUGAUACUCAUAAGAUUUUACAAUCAUAUAAUUAAAAUGUAAGGAGUCUUCAGCUCACUCCUGCUGUCUUUCAAUAAGAAAACGUAGCAAGUGGUUAUUUUAACUUUUAAUUAAAAAUAAAUUUGUAAAACUAUUCACUUAAAGCUACAAAAGAUGUUUUUUCUCAUUCCUUUACUAACCACAGAUCUUCAUCACAUUUUCUAGAGUGCUAAUUAUUCUCACUUUCAACAAAACUACUUCAAUUGUA